AUGGUUGACUUAGAUGGAGCUAUCAAACUUGCAAUAAGUGCACUGUCUGUUAAUGACUCAAAGGAGGCCCUUAAGAUCUUGAAGCCCUUUGAGAAAUCAUUAAAAACUGAUAAUUCAGAAAACGUUCAAUUAUUUCAGGUUUAUGCAGAUGCAUAUUUGGAAAAUGGGCAAUUAGAUCAGGCAUAUCCGCUACUGGUAAAGGCAUGCGAGCUAGAUCCAAAAGGUGAAAUUACUGGAAGUGAGAAAUUCUUCACUUUAGGACAAAUUGUGGGAAGCACCGAUGGAAUUAAAAUCCUGAUGCAAGGUAUAGAAAACCUCACAGGUUCUUCUGGUGAGUUACUAAAACAAGAACAAAUUGAUAAAGUUGUUGGCGGUAUUUUAGCAAUGAUUGAAAUAUGGUUGACUGAUUUAUGCAUGGAACCUGAUGCCGAGUCCCAAUGUGAGGAAUUAAUCUCAAAAGCCAUCAAAAUUUCUGACGCCAAAUCUCCAGAAACAUGGUCUAUGUUAGGUUCUAUAAGGAUUUCUCAACAACGAUUUGAAGAAGCUGUAGAAGCAUUCGAAAAAUCUUGGGAAUUCUUCAGGCUGAAGAAGGAAAAUUUGGAAAGGGACAUGAGAUGUGAAGUUGAUAAUGCAAAUCCAAGAAGUUAUGCUGAAUAUAUAGAAUUAAUUCAGCCCUUUUUGGCGCUCUCAAAAAUGUGCAUUGAAAUGGGUUUGUACAACACUUCGUUACAAAUUUUAGGGGCCGUAAAAGAGAUUGAUGAAGAUAAUAUGGAGGGUUAUUAUUUGGAGGGGUUUACGAAUUAUUUGAUUGCAAAAACUUCAUUCUUUGAACUACAAAAUCCUGGUGUGACUAUAAACCCCAAUAACAUAUAUGAGCUUAAUCAACAUAUUCAAGGGUUACCUUUAGACUUUUCAUCUGAGAUUAUUCAAGAACCAAUUCAAGAAGCUCGUGUAGCUCUAAGUUUUGCCCUCAGGCUGGGUGAAAACUCCGAUCCAGAUGAUGAGAUUGCACAAGAGUUAGUUAUAGGGACUCAGUCCAUCCUGCAGGAAUUAGGAGGACCUAUAGAUACAGCAGAACUUAUUAAAUUAAAACGUGGGGAAGAAGUUAGUGCUCAAGAUGAUGUAGAAUUAGAUGCUCUUUCAGACUAA